GAUGCGUUGCGUCGCCAGGUGGCUGGCGCUCUGCGCCUUGGUUGUUGUUAUCAAGGAAAUAUCUUCUUCUGUGCAACCAGAAGAUGACAUCCAACCAGAGCAAACACAACAGAUUCAACUGUCUAAAUGCCCGUAUUGCCAUCAGUGUACGGACUCCUGCUAUGAAGGACCAUUGAGAAAUGCUUUUCGCUUCAAGGGGAGACAAUACUACAUUCCGAACCCAAACUUAGCCAGAAUAUGCCCUCGUCGUAAGGACAGAAAUGGAGGAAUUGUGCCAUGCAUACGCCCUUGUCCGGGGGUCGACGAGAUUGGAUGUAAUGAAGACCAAUCCAAAAUAAACAUUAAUGGUCAAGCAGAGAUAUUUGCCCAGGCCCGUUCUUCUGAUAACCAUUUUUCACCAAACGAUCCAGUAGCGAAUAAUCACGAAGCUACAACAAAUUCAGACUGUGAUUUAACCGAUUUGGAAAAAUCAUUUAGUUUGAUAAGAAAUGAUAACCUUGGGAAUGCAAGAGGUAACGUUGAGGAUCACAAGCACAAGACAGACAGCACUAUUGAUUAUUCAUUUACCGGAAGUGGACACAGUUCCAACUCGGGAUUAAUUGAAAAUGUAAAUGAAGAUCAGAACAAGGUCCGGAUAUAA